CUAUGCAACAGUUCCGCUUCAGCCUCCGCUUGAUAACGUCGUUGCAUAAAGGACUUUAUCUUUAAAGUGAUAGAGAUUGAUUUAAGUCUUUGAUUAGCUGGCUGUAGCCGGUUCGUGAGUUAUUCGCGUUGCAAUAUCGGGUACUCGGUUUUUUCCGGAAUUUCAAGUGAAUCGUAGAUCCGCCAUCUUGUCCUAAACUCGCGUUCGUUUCGGGAAAAUUUUCUCAAAAACGUUUUCAUGUAUUUUGCACUCUGCUUGAUCGUGAUUAUAGCGAGUUUACUACGGAUCCACAUUCGCAAUGGGCCAACAAGAAGUCUUAAUUAUGGCGAUAAGCAUCGUCGGGGCCAUGGGCUUUAUCCCCCAUGGGUCUAUUGGGGAAAAGGACCAUAUGCUGACGGAGGCUUUGCUACGUGAAGUGGUGGAGCGUAUGGGCAAGGAGUUCAACGACGCGGCCUCCAGCUACCUGGAGUACCCUGCCAGCGAGCGCCACCUCGCGCUCAUGGCCAGGGCUAACAAGGAGCUGGAGAACGAGCAGUUGGACUACGAUUCUCUGAUUGACGGCAACCCUAACCCCAGCCUUCGUGACCAGGAAUAUCUGCAGCACAGCUCAUUGUGGGGGCAUCAGUACGUAACCGGCGGUGCUGGCGAGGGUGAACAGCGUCUCCAGCCGUCCGGAGUGGUGCCCAACCGACAGAUGGUGAAGACAGACGCUGUGCUGCCGGCCUACUGCAACCCGCCUAACCCUUGCCCCGUUGGAUACACAGAGGAUCAAGGCUGCAUCAGUGAGUUCGAGAACACGGCAGCCUUCAGUCGGGAGUACCAGCUCGCGCAGCGCUGCAUGUGUGAUGGAGAACACAUGUUCAGCUGCCCUCCCGACUCCUCCUCCGACCUCGACCUUCGCUUCCCGGAGCACCACAAGAAUCUCGUCGCCAAGAAGUAUAAACCUGCAGUAGAAAAUCCUUAUUUGACGGGCGAACGCUUACCGAUCGCAGCUAAAAAAGGUUUCGAUGUUAAUGUGUACUAAGCCUAGUCUUAAAUAGAUGUAUACUAUAUUAGUUAGUGUCUAUCUUAAACGUGAGGCAUAGUCAUCUUCUAGCCUACUCUUUUUGGCGUUAUUAUCUUUGUAUAAAUGUUCUGUUACAACUUCGUUUAUGGUGAAUUGUGGGUCACAAGUGUUGGCGACGAUCUAUUUAACCAAACAGCACAAAAUACAUACUUGGGAAGAUUGUGACUUGCAAAGCUGGGUAGGGAAUGUUAAAACGAUACGGUUGAGGAAACAUUAUAGGUAGAAGGAAGUAAAAUAUAUUUUUGUAAUCCCAAUUUAAAACACUGUCACAUAAUAUUUCGAAAUUUCUCUUGUAAAACAUUAUUUUUAAAAAGUAAAACGGUACAACAAUACCUAGAAACUUCAUUAAAGAAAUUAUUUAUUAAUUUCAAAUAUUUGUAAUAAUUGAUGAGAAGCGUCAUAAUAAUAAAGAAAAAUGGUGAAAAAAAUGAAAAAAGCUGUGAAUUUCGUUAGUUGUAAAUAAACGCUCUUUUACUAAGCUGUUAUAAAUGUGAUAUAUAUUUUACGUUUUAUUUAAUUAUAUCAAUAAGUUUUACAUACACAUAUAAAGUACAUUCGAUAGAUAAAAUUUAAAAUCCCCCAAAAAAACAGAAUUAGUUUUAAGUAUUAUAAUACGUUUUAUUAUUUUUUUUGAAAUAGUCUUCAUAAACUAAGUAAGGUUUAAAUGAGGAAUUAAAAAAAUAAGUAGUAAUAAGUAAUCCAACCUAUAGGUAUGGGCAUUAAAUUAUAAUUGUAGAUUAUAAGUAUGUACAUAAAAUAUUUAAAUGAUCAUACGUGGACGACUCUUAUUAUUGAAAUAGACUAUAAAUAUAAUUAGGUAAAAUAGGUUUGCAUUACAUACAACUGUAGUACGUACGGCAAUUUAAUUGCAAUAUACAUUAAAAAAAACUUUGGACAUGGAUUUCAUAAAAAUCACCAGACAUAGUUAAGGGAAUGCGCAAUUAAGUAUCUUGUACCAUAUUAUUGCCGCUAAAUGAAAAUCUACAUUAAGAAUUACUAGUUAGUAUUCAAAUAAUGUCAUAAAGUAUAUUGCUAGCUGUGAUAAGUAUUAGUUUAAAAUAAAAAAAUACAAAAAUCCAAAAAAAAA